AUUCGUUUUCCAGCACUUACGGUUUCGUCUUUGUUUAGCCGCGAAAAUUUCGCUAAACCCCGACAUUCAGAGAGUUUUUUUUUAUGAAACUUGCCCAUAAACUGUGUAAUAAGUCACUAGUUUCAUUAGAUUUAUAACAUAAAGCUUUUCGACCAGGAAGGGGACGUUUUAACAACAUAAAACUCUCACAGCUAGCACAUUUGCGCGCCAAAUUGAGACCUCUCUGUAGCUUAGAAGGAAUUCCAAAAUGGCCCAAAUUCAGGAAUAUCAAGACUUGGUAUUGGAUGCCUUGGAAGUCGUCGACUUUAAGCUGAUUCGGGACAAGGGAGAUAUAAACAACGAUGCCUUGAUUUUCCACCCCGCCAUGGCCCAUCAGAUUUUCGGCGAAUCUGAGACCAUAUUCGGUUACAAGGAUUUGCACGUGCGAGUGCUUUAUACAGCCGGACCUCUUCACAUUUACCUUGGAAUCACGUAUGGACAACGAGUGAAUGAGAUAUCUGGUGGAGAAAUCAAGGCUGACGAUGUUGUCAGCACUAUUGCCCAGAGUCUGCCAGACGGAUGCUAUUUCAUCAACCUCGACGAGUUCCUGAAGACGUUGGACAAAGCCGACAAGUUUCAGCCCUUCGGUGAAAAGGUUAAUGAAUAUACUCGCCAAUCGGACGACGGAAGCGAGCGUCUCUUUGAGAUAUACCAAUGCGACUACAAAAACUCGUCAUUCCUGAAGUUCUUUUCACGUCUGCAGACCUUUGUUUUGUGGUUCGUAGAUGCAGCUUCGUACAUCGACACCGAUGACCCACAAUGGUCCUUCUUUGUUUGUUAUGAGAAGUACAAGAAUAACGACGGUCAGUGGCAGUACGCCACUGCGGGCUAUACUACCGUUUACGAAUACUACGCUUACCCCCAAAAUAAGCGCCCAAGGAUUAGCCAGAUGCUGAUAUUGCCGCCCUUUCAAAAGCUGGGCCUUGCCACUAAGCUGGUUGAAACCAUUUACAAGUUCUACCAGUCUCAGAAGAACGUGGUGGACAUUACAGUUGAAGAUCCGUCUGAAGAUUUCCAGCGCCUUCGCAAUUUUGUCGAUGCUCGCUUUUGCAAGGACUUGAAAUCUUUUUCACCCGAUGUCAUUUCAAAGGGCUUCACAAAAGAGAUGAUUCGGGAGGCACGCGAAACUUUUAAACUAAAUCCCCGCCAGGUGCGGAAAGUUUACGAGCUAUUGCGCCUUUACUAUACUAACUUGAAGGAUGAAAGGGAGUACAGGGCCUAUCGGUUGGAGGUCAAGAAACGUCUGAACGCCGUAUACUAUAAGCAGCUAAAAGACCUCAAGAAAAUGGAGCGCUACAAGAUGGACACAGAGAUGCUAAGGGCCCGCCUGCCCACCAUGAAACAGCGAAUGGAUCAACUACAAGAGGAGUAUACAGUCGUGGAACAAGAUUAUCAGAGCACCAUUGCCAAACUGAAAGCCUAAGUUCCAUCAUUGGAGCCAAGGGGUGUUGAGUAAUUUAUUUCGUUUUCAGUUUUCUAAAUAUUUUGAUUACAAAAUACAUUUUGUUUGCUGUAAGCCUAAAGUAGGAUUCUUUCGAAUAAAUAUUAAAAAGUA